UGCAAAGGAUCAUAUGUGGAAAUAAGUUGUGGUAAUGCUAACUUGACCUUUAUAUCGCAUACACCGUAAUUGCAUACACAACUUUGUUUUCAUUAAUUUGUGUUCCAAAUUUUUUCUUUUGCAGAACAAAUUUGCAGGAAAUGGCUUUGAGUUGGACCGUACAAUAACCCUCUGCCAUUUGAAAAGAUUGUGGCAGAACUGGAGAGGGAUCUUGAUGCAGAAUUCAAUAAUCAAAAAAGGUGGUAUAGAAAAUGCAUUAAAAGAAACGCCAAAUGAUCUAACAAAGGAGGAUUGGGAGUGGUUGGUAAAAGAGCAUUUUACAAGUUCCAAUUUCAAAAAAGUUAGUUCUAGAAAUUCCGGAAACAGAGGACAUUUAACAAUGCCUCAUCGCACUGGUAGCAUGCCAUUUAGACAAGUAAUUUGGGAUGAUAUGGGAGGUAAAGAAGGGAAGGAACCGCCUCCAAUAUCAGCUGUUUUUAAAAGGACAAGGAAAAGAAAAUCUGGAGAUUUAGAUGAAGACGAGGAUGGCAAAUAUAAUGAGAUAGUUGACGUUGAGAAAGAGAAUCCAUCCCUAUCACAUUUUGAAGUUGUCGAAAAAUGCUUUGGGGAACAAGAUCGUGGUAGCGUUGUUUGCUUUGGGUUUGGUGUAACACCUAAAGAUGUCAGAGGACCUUUACCCAGUAGAGCAGAACUUAUGGCACGUAUCCAAGAGAAGGAACGAGAAAAUGUUGACCUUAACAAAAAAAUAGAUGAAAUAAAGGAGGACUACGGCAAAAAGAUGAAUGAUAUGGCAGCACAAUUAAACAUGUUAAUGGAAGCUCAUAUUCAACGAACUAGUGGUCGGGACCAAGCUAUGCAUAACGUUCCAGGUGACUACGCUUUCUAACCUUUAAAGAAUUAAAUGUCUUUGAUUUGCUGAUGUUGAUAUUAAAAUGAAUAGAAGGCUGGAUCUCUGCAUUUUGGAACGAAAUUAGGAGAUAAUAUAUAAGGUGGAUGAGGUGCUCGCUAGCUUAAUUCUAAAUUAGGGGAGUGUGUUGACCUCACCUAACUUCUCUCCUGAUGUUAGUCUAGUUCAAUUGCGACUGAAGAAAUCAACUCUCUUUCUUGGACUAUCCUUAAAUUCUCUGUAUUACAUCAGACCUCACUCUCUUUCUUGCUGUGAGAAAAUUCUGAACUAUCUGUAUUGCGACUGAUGAUGUAUGUUAAUGGAGAUUUCUGAAGAAAAGGAGAUACUUGGGUAAUGGAUAAGUAUUACCGUGGACAUCGGCAUGCGACUUCAUUCACAAAAUAACUUAUAAAAUCCAUCUGUAUGACCAUCACUUGUUACUAUCUAUCAA